UUUAUCAAAAAAAAAUUCAUCAAAGCCCCGAUCCAGAUCCCCUCCACCGCGGCCUCCUUCGACCUCCUCUCCUCUCCCAAUCCACUGCAGCCGGCCGGCCUUCCCCUCCCCCCUCCGACCGCUAGCUGCUCACCCCCCUCCCUCCUCCGACCGCUAGCUGCUCGCCCCACUCCCUCCCCGUGAGAAGCUUGGUCCAGCACCGAGCGGCGCCGAGAGCUGUCCGCGUCGGGCACUGUUGGCAUGGAGAGCAGCGCGGCGGCGCGGAUGGAUCCUGAGGCGGCGACGGAGCUGGCGCGGAAGGGGGUCACCCUCCUGCUCCUAGACGUGCCCCAGCACACCCUCCUCGGCCUCGACACCCAGGUGUUCUCGGUGAGCCCCAGGUUCAAAGGGAUCAAGAUGGUGCCCCCAGGCCCACAUUUCCUCCACUACUGCUCCCCCAGCAGAGCAAAAAGGUUCAACAACCAUGAAAUCCUAGCUGAGGACGUGCGAGACUGGGAUAUAGCCAGUGACCGGGGGCAAGGGCAGCGUGCGCAGGGUGAUCGAUGAGGACUACUGCGGCCCGAUGGGAGUCGUGCUCUUCAACUACUCAGAGGCAGACUUCACCGUGAAGCCCCGCGACCGUGUCAUACAGAUUAUAGUCCAGGUGAUUGCGACGCAGGAGGUCCCCGGGGUGGAGGACCUCAACGCCACCGUUCGGAGGUCACCGAGGUGGAGGACGACGCCACCGUCUGGAUUUCCUCAAGGUGGAGGACCUCGACGCUUUGUACAUACAUCUAGAGAAGUGGUCUGGUUAGGUUGGUGGUGAAACACUAGAGAAGGUAAUAACCUUUUGAUGACGGUUGUGUGUGUCCUCGUGAUCUCUUCGAGUUGAGAUGUUGAAUGUUGCAUCCAUGAACACUGCAAGUGUUAAGAUGGUUCUGUGAAAUUUAUUUUGCAUUGGACGUGUC